AUGGUGCCCUUGGGCCAAGGGGAUGACACCUUCAAAGACAGCCCCUGAGCGUCAGAUGGGCUGCAAACCACCCUGAAGGAGCAGCAGAGACGGGUUUUGGCACUGUGAGCUUUGGAAUAGCUUGGAAGAGGACUACUGAGUAAACAGAGAGGUCAACGCCACCAACAGCAGCAGCAGCUAGCAUGGCUACAGCGAGCACCUCAGGGCAGAGCGCUUUCGGGCUCGGGAGGAAAAAGAAGAACCCCGGUCUGAUGGAUCAGAUUAGCAAAUUCUUUGGAGGAAACAAAAAGAAGAGGAGCAAGGGGUCUUUCCGGGGUCAUCUGGCCGCCUCACCCCAGCAGUCCUCUUCCCGCCGUCGGACUAAUGAAAAUGCUGUUGUGCAUUUCUUCAGGAGCUUUGUUUCCUCUCCUCGUCCUAAAUCCAGGUGGAGAGACGUCUUGGGUUUGAGCGACUCACUGCUUCUGGAUGACUUUGAAAUCGCUCAACUAUUUAUGAACCACAGCCGGCCACGUCACCGCGUGCCGAGAGCACAAAGUCACCAGUCAGAAGGCGCAGAGACCAAAGCACGCUGUCCAGACUCUUCAACCUGUGAUGUUCUCGUCAGAGAUCAGGAGAAGGCAAGUCCCGUGCACCCUCUAAACGCUGGAGCACCAUCUUCUAAGCUCUCCACUGAGGACCAAACCGCAGAUCCGACACCGACGAGACCAAAAGAAGAGACAGAUACGCCUGCGGCAGACUCACGACCUCAAGAGAUGUUAACAAACUAACACGAUCCUCCUUUAUCUUUAGACAGAGACACAACAUUAGUGUAAAAAUCCUCUUUUUAUUUUUAAUCCUACUUCUGAGGAAUUAUUUAGCUGUUUGUAAGAGGUUCAGUCAUGCUUUUAGUAAAGUCUCCUACCAUAAAAAUCAUUGUCUGAUGGUGCUAGUGUCUGCUGUCUGAGGUUUGUUCAUGGCAGGUGUUUGUUUCUUCUAUGUCUGCUGUCGUCUGCAUUUUGUACACGAUUGAUGCUUUAUGGAUCUCGCUGCUUCCUAGAAACACAGAGCUCACACGACACACAAGCCAAACAAACUUUCACAUGUGAAAUCGUGACAGAGGGUGGUCCCGUUUCUGCUUGAGCAUGUCACAAAGCCACACGUUUGUAAAAUGCAACUGGAAACCUAUAGAAGUAGUGGACUCUAAUAUUGUUUUUAACACCACUGCUUAAGUUUUCUUUGCCUCAGUGUAAUUAAUCACCAUGUAUGAUAUUGAUGCUUCCCAACUCUAUCAAAACAAGAUAAAAAUGCCCUUUCGAAUGCACUGUUUCACACCUGAGAAAUGUGCUAAAACUAUUCUGUUGUCUUUUCUGUAGCUUUUGCCUCAUUUAGUGAUUUUCUUUAUCUGUUCUGUCGUCAUUUAAGUUUUAUGGUGAUUUGUGUUUUUCCAGAGGAUGGCUGACAUGUUUUAUAGCUGAUGGUUAAUUUGCAAGUGGUUCAAAGGUUUAAGGAUGAAGCAGCAAGGUGGCACGAGGAGCACAGUACUGUAGGACAGGAUGUUGGAUUCAUGUGUUCUGACAAAUAUUUUGUGAUUUAUUUUUUUUUGUUUGUAAUAAAUUACACUGCCACUCUUAUUUCUACUUGAUGUUUGUAUGUUCACUUUAACUGAAUGGUCAAAAGCACUGUAAAGAUGAGAUGGCUAAUGUGUGGUGGUGCUACGGGAAUAGGAACUGAUACUUAAAUAAGUGUUGUGUUUCCUCUUAAUGUAAAUUUCCUGUUUGUAAUGUACAGCCUAACUUGCAAUAAACACCUUUACUUUUUUCACAUUUAAGAGUUAUUAAAUGUUUUAAAAUCAGA